AGGUGAAGGGGAGGAGUGCGAAAGAAGUGGGAGGAGGAGGAGGAGAGCGAUUGUGUUGAUCGUGUCGAGUGUAUAAAAUGUUAGUUGCGAUGAUACACGGUUUAGACUGAUGCUAGUAGACACCGUAUGUUCAUUAACCGUUUCUAGUGUUGUUGUUUGCCACAAAAAAGCCAAAGUUCCCUGUUGGAGUUCCUCCGAACCUUGAAAUCAUUCGUUUUGCUCUUCUUCGGUCACCAAAAGAGGAUGGGCGACGACAGGUGCCUAGUAAACAUUAACAAAAAAGCCUAUGACUGGUGCAAAGAAUGUCUUGGUGGAACCUGGUCUACUUUGAGUGAAGACGAAUUUCAGAUUGUUCCACUCAGUGGUGGACUGACCAAUUAUCUGUAUAUUUGUUCUCUUCCAAAUGAAAUUCCAGUAUUGAGGCCAGAUGAACCACGUAAAGUACUACUACGAGUGUAUGGACACAUUGCGAAGACAAGUGCUGGCUUUGUUGUGAGAAACUCUGUAAUAUUUGCUAUUCUUUCAGAAAAGUGUCUUGGCCCCAAAUUGUUUGGUGCCUUCCCAGAUGGAAGGCUUGAAGAAUACAUUCCUGCUCGUUGUCUUUCAAGAACUGAUCUUCUGAAUCCGGUAAUAUUUAAAGGUAUUGCAACAAAAUUGGGGUAUUUUCACACUUUGGAAAUGCCUUUAUGUAAGCGACCCAAAUGGUUACAUGAUGUCAUGUACCGAUGGUUAAGUGAAGUAAAAGAGGCCUUUCUCUGUAAUGGUUUGUGGAAGCAUGAAGAAUUGCGGAAGUUUCUACCAAAGAAUCUUGAGAAGGAAAUGCAUGACUUAAUGGACAGCCUUGAAAAAGUAAACUCACCUGUAGUGUUUUGUCACAAUGAUUUACAAGAAGGAAAUGUAUUAAUUCUCGACUCCUGUACUGAUCCACUAAAGAAGCUAACAGUCAUUGAUUGGGAGUAUUGUGCUUACAAUUAUAGGGGAUUUGAUCUUGGCAAUCACUUCUUGGAAUGGUGUUAUGAUUACAAUGUGGAUGAACCUCCUUAUUUUGCAUUUUAUGAAGAAGGUUACCCAUCUAAAAAACAACAGUAUGAAUUUUUUGAAGCCUACUUAUCAGCAUAUUCAAAAAAUGAAAUCACUGAUCAAGACUUGAAAACCCUUUUCAUUGAAGCCAAUUCCUUCGCACUAGCUUCCCACUUUAUGUGGGGACUGUGGUCACUAGUACAGUCAAGGACUUCAGAGAUCAACUUUGGAUAUUUGGAAUAUGCCCAAAGCCGUUUUGACCAAUAUAGAAGAAUGAAACAGCUACUGCCAACACUUUUGGAAGAAUAAAUAUCAAGAUCUCUUUCCAUCGCCGGUCAAGCAUCUGGAGAAAUCUUGUAGGACAUUACUGUCAGUCAACUAAGAUGGCCUUAGAAGAUGUAAUGCAAAAGAUUCUGUGUGAUUCAGUUGAACAUCAUCUAUUCCGGAUUGAUCUACAGUAAACUGGAUUUUUAACUAUAACAUAUGGGAAUUUUUUUUGGACACCUAUUUAGAAUAUUUUAAAAUGCUUUUAAAUGUUUCAGGGCAAAAUAUUUUUUAUUAUUCCCUUUUAACUUACUAAAUAUUGCUACAAAAAAAAAUGUAUUAAUCCAUAGAAUUUUUGUGCUUUUUUACUCAUCCUUGGUUUCUAACAUCCUUCUGAAUAGCUGUUUUAUUAAGUUGUGUCCGAUAUUUUCAUCAUCCUGCUUUGUGUCUCUAUGUUGACUUUUGUGCUUCAGUGCCCGACAGCUCCUUAUACGCACACACUAAUUAUUCCCUUGAUAAAGGAAUUUACUUUUCUGUGGACCAUCGUUACAUACAUCUGUUGAGUAACUUGACUUCUUUGUGUUGCUUUAAAAUUAUUGCUGGAUAUUUCCUUCAAGAUUUAGCCUUAGGUUUAAUUUCUUGAACAUUAUGCCAUCGAUCAGUGCUUGUCAUUUCUGUUGAGCAUAGCGUGUCGCGUUUGGUGGUCAGACAGUAAACCUCUUCACACUUUACAUAUAAAAGUUUUAGUGAUUUCCUGACAUUAAAAUGAAGCAGGGCCAUGUGAAGUUUAUCCAGUUAUACACACAAUUUCAGAAUUGUAUAUAUAUAUCUAUUUCUGCUCUUGUUCUCUUCUCUCCUCCUUAUAUACAAUACAUACAUACAUACAUACACACACACACAUAUGUGUGUGUACAUACAUACAUAUAUAUAUACACAUUUAUUAAAAGUGAAAUGAGACAAGCUCUCAGCCCCAGUUUAAAAAAAAAAGACCAUAUACUCUACAAUAUGCAUUGGGUACUCUUCUCAUUUGUUUACUAUUAAGCAGUGUGUAUAUGGAUGUAUAUUCAUAUCGUUGCAUGUGCAUAUAUGUGUACAUGUAUGUGUGUGUAUGUAUAUGUGUGUGUGUAU